AUCAGCGUGUAUGUUUUGCUUUUUACUGUCUGUCGUCCGUCGUUUUCGUUUUUCAUCCAUCAGUGGCUCGGAAAAUGUUGAAUUAAAGUCGAAAAAAUGAACAGCCGUCGUUGUAAAAGAUCGGGAAGUGCAGAAGAUGCGCUCCUGUCGUUUGUGGAAGUGAAGGAAGAACCCAAUGAGCAGCUGUUCGACUACAAUGACCUACUGCAGCAAGCCGAAGUUGUCGGGAAGAGUUCGGAAUCUGUAAACAAAAAUGUUAGCGAAUCGCGGACCAAAAUGCCAGAAAACAAAGAGAGCAAAACGCAUUACAAGCGAAGUCGUGCCACACAGGUCAAUUCGGAAGACAUUGACAUGCUGAACGUAAGGAGAUCCGAUAUACUAAACACCCACGCUGAAAAUAAGCCGAUCAAAGCUAUUGGAACCGAAUCCAUCAUUCCCCAGUGUCGAUUCUGUCUGCGACGGGUUUCUCGAGAGAACUUGAAAAUCAUUCUCAGGAAGCAAAGUACAAAAGCGCUGGCAGCUUUUCAGAUUCGAGUAUUCCACCAUGAUGCGUACCCAUUAGCCUGUUCAAAUUGUCUGAAUAUGAUAGACAUCAUUCUGGAUUAUAGGUCAGCAGUCACUAAGGCACGUAAUUUACUUCUUGAUAAAAGAAUGCACCUAGAAAACGACGGUUGGGAUGAUCCAGCGAAUAUUGAAUGUUUUAAUCAAUGCAAAUCAGCCGUUGAGCAACAUCGAAUGCAGAUAGACGCGAUCUAUGAUGAACACAUGGCAAGAGAGGAAAGAAGAAACACGCAAAUAUUAGAACCGAAACCGGAGUUUAGUGUCGAAAACCAUGAAACGCCUGGUCAGAGCGAUAACAUCAAUGACAUCCAAAACGCUCCUACGCAAAACACGAUAAAUGAUGAUCUAACUGUUGAAUUAGCUUUGGAAUCUGGCAUUAUGGAGGUAGAAAAUGUGUUAAAGGCUCAUGUAGCGGAUAGUUCCUUGGAUAGUGGCAAUUUGAUUGAUGCUGGUGAAGUUUUUGAGUUGUCGGCUGAGAAUCCGAAGACCACUGCACCAGACAUCAAUCCCUCAGUAAAUGAGAAUGAUGUAUCACAUCACAAAAGAAGAAAAGUAAAAGAAAUAAAAGUAUACUAUUCUUCAGAAUCCGAUCAAAAUGUUGAAGAUGAAGAUUAUAAUCCAGCUGAAUCAAAUUCGUCCGAAAAUGAUGACGAUGAUGUAGAUUACACCCCAGCUCCUUUAACUUCGAAACAGAAAACAUUCGUAAAAUCGGAGACUGAGCAAGAGACUUCAGAAAUAUCUGAACCGAAGAAAAGGAAAUAUCGAAAAAGGAGUAAAGAAUCACGUCAAUCGAAAAUGCGAACUAAAGAGAAAAAGCCUAGAAAGCCUCGCAAGCCAAGAGAGUCCGUAUUGAACAGGCCACCUGACUACAAACCGCCAUCAAUUCAACCAGUAUUAUGCGACCUGUGCGGAGAAUCAGUUCGCCCCGAAACCAUCGAAGGCCAUCGAAAUCGCCAUCUAGGAAUCAAACCGUACAACUGUCCUAUAGAAGGAUGUGAUUGGACAUUCCACGGUCGAGCCAACUUGUCCAACCACUUGCGGCGUAUGCACCCGGAGAACGGAGUACAAGCCUUAAAGUGUGACGUUUGCGGCAAGUUCAUCCGUGGCAAGCCCGGAAUUUUGAACGAACACAAAAAGCUCCAUUUCCUCAAAGAGAAGAGUUACGUUUGCCCAGUAUGUGGGAAAGGGUUCACUUUGAACAGAUAUCUGAGACAACAUUCGGUCAUUCACACAGGACUGUUCCCCUACGAGUGUAGUUAUUGUGGAAAAAAAUUCAACAAUAAGUGGAGUAUGAAAACUCACGAGAAAAAUAUGCACGAGAAGAAGAAUCAGGGGUCGACUAGCUAUGAUCCAGCAAUGGAUGCAGAACAAACAGAUCAAGCAUAUGUUGAAUAAAAUUCUUGAUAACUUGAUAACGAUAA